GUGAGUGAUCUCUACGGUAUGCAGGAUGGGCCAAUCAACAUCCAGCAGCGGCAGCAGCUCUUCACACUGCAGUAACAGCGCAGCACUCGCGAGCUGCACACGAACGCGCGUGCGAGGAGUUUUUUGUUCGCCACAUACCGCUGACAGGUUAGACGAGAAUCCGAUGAAAACUAAGGAGCUGCCGACUGUUCAGAAGUGUUGGAGGGACGACUUUAAAGAGGGGAAGACGUCUGUGGAUGCAAGAGUACGUGAGCCGAAAAAGCUGAUUUUAAACGCGAGUUCUUCCGGUAAUCAACAUGCGCCUGAAAACUUGAUAUUUCUGAGUCGCGCGACGGACUUCGAGAGUCAAGUUUCGGAUUCCCGAGGCGGACAGAAAGAAGUGCGUGAGGAGAACCAUGAGUGUUGCGUCUCGCCGUGGGACAUGGAGAGAGUGUCAGAAGGUGCCGUGACUCCUGGCAGAGUUUCGGAGGAAAAUGUGACCCAGUGCCUGAACACGCCAGACUUUCUAGCAGACUUCAGUUGUUCGUCUCCGUUAGCUACACACAAAAUGACUAAAAGUGCAUUGAAACCCUCUCUGUCUGAUCGGCGGGGUGGAGAAGGGGAGCCACAAGCUUCAAACCCGUUCCCUAGGAUUAUUCCCAAACUAAUAGUCACCCAUGAUGAUCUAAGUCCUGGUCAGGACAGUCCGCACAUCACUGAUUUGACGCUGAGCAUGGGCGGCUUUUCGCUGGACCUGCAUCCCGAUGAGGACUCGCCCUGCUCGGACAGCGGCUGUGGAGGCUCGCCUGCGCCCUCUCUGUUCCAUAGGAAACUUUCCAGCUCCUCUUCAGCUGGAUUAUCCUCUGCUUCAUCGUUUGAGGAGUCUGAGGAUGAUUUCACAGGCAGUGAUAUUGAGCCCACCAGUCUGUCCCCUAGUAUGUUCGGCAGUCCUGAUGAACUUGCAGGGGCUAAGUCGUGGAGGAAGUUAAAGACCAUGGUGCAUUGCUCUCCAUUUGUGGUUUCCUUUAAGAAAAUAUAUCCUUGGGUUCAGCUUGCAGGCCACGCAGGUAGUUUCCAGGCAGGAGAGUAUGGGAAACUGUUGAAGAAGUAUUGUGAAUGUGAACAUCAGUGUCUCGAGAAGCUGAUGAAUGACAACCUCCGGCCGUUUGUACCUGGUUAUUAUGGUGUCGUGCAGCAGAACAACCAAGAUUACAACCUAAUGGAUGAUCUGCUGACCGACUUCGACUCUCCUUCAAUCAUGGAUUGCAAGAUGGGAAGCAGGACAUACCUGGAGGAAGAGCUGGUAAAAGCCCGUGAGCGUCCUCGUCUCAGGAAGGACAUGUAUGAGAAAAUGGUGGCUGUGGACCCGGGAGCGCCCAGUCCGGAGGAGAGAGCCCAGCAGGCCGUUCUCAAACCUCGAUACAUGCAGUGGAGGGAGACGCUGAGCUCCACCGCCACUCUUGGCUUCCGCAUAGAGGGCAUCAAGAAGGCAGAUGGCACAUGCAACACCAGCUUUAAAAAAACCAAACAUAAGGAGCAGGUGAUGAAGGCUUUGGGUGACUUUGUGGAUGGAAACACACAGUUAAUGAGGAGUUAUCUGCAGAGACUGGAGGAGCUGCGCAGUGCUCUAGAGACGUCAGCGUUCUUCAGAACACACGAGGUGGUUGGGAGUUCUUUGCUGUUCGUGCACGAUGCUUCAGGCCUGGCCCGAGUCUGGAUGAUUGACUUUGGUAAGACCAUCCCACUGCCGCCACCCCAAACCCUGGACCACCGAACGCCCUGGGCCGAAGGAAACCGUGAGGACGGGUACCUGUGGGGUCUGGACAACCUCAUUCAGAUCUUUGGUGACAUGCUGCAGGACUCGACCUCACCCUGAUGGAUGCACCGAACAUGCCCGAAGGGUCACGUGUAGGGACACGUUGAUGGAAGGAUCCUUUCUUCUGAUAGGAGGUGUGCAACAGGAUCAGUCCUGAAAUUGUGCUGAGGGAGAGAUGGAAAGCCAACAAAGCACGAGUGGAAAAACUCAAGCUCAUUUUGUUGACUCGGUGCUCCACAAACUCACGUUAGACAUUCCUUUUUUGGACAUGUGGUCUUACAGAUACACAGAAGCUCCACAACAGUCAAAAUACACUGAUACUGAACCCAAACAGACGGUGAGGAGCAACAGAUGAGAAGCGACUAUCAUUUUUUUAAAGGACGCACAACCAUGAUUAUUCUUUGAAGAAUAUUUGCUAGUCUUUUUUCUCUUUUUUACCUACAGGUUUGAUGAUAACACUAUCACACUAGAAUGUGCUUUCCUUGGUUUAUGUUUUUUCCCCUUGUAAAUUUCUCUUUGGGGUUCCACGGUUAUGUAAAUAGUGUGUAUUUAAAUGUUUUUUUUUUAUAAUAAUUUAGGUUUUUGCUUUGAUUUUGUUUCUGUAAUCUAAUUAGUACCUCAUUUAUUUCUGAAAGGUGAUCUAACUGCCAAACUACAGGCAGAACGUCAUCUUUUUUUCUCCCACUGUGGUCUUCUAAUCUUGAUGGUGUGUGAUAUUUUGAUGAUUCCACUCUUUUAAACCAUUCAGUCUAUAGAGAAGAGGUUUAAUUAGUUGAAAAGAGUUAACAGAUUGGCUCGGUCAGAGGUAAAGUUUGACACAAACAUUUUGCACUCAACUAACCAUGGAUAGUUAGACUCUACCAAGAUUGUGUUUCUUCUAUUUACUGAUCAGAAUGAGAUGCAGUGUUUCUUAAAGGGACAGCUCACCCAAAAAUUGUCAAAUCGUUUACUCAUCCUCGAGUUGUUCCAAACCUGUAUGAGUUUGAACACCAUAGAAGAUAUUUUAAAGAACAUUGAAAGAAAUUCAUACAGGUUUGGAACAACUUGAGGGUGUGUAAAUGAUGACAAUUUUUAUUUUUAGGUGAACUGUCCCUUUAAAACUAGCCACAGUUACAAAUAUACGUAAGUGUAACAGAUAUUUAUAUACACGUGUUGAUGGAAUGGAUUGAUCUGUGUGUUCCCUCAUUGGUUUUUAAGGUAACCCAUCAGUAACUGACCUGUUUGCAGUGCUAGUCAUAUGGUUUAGUUUCUAGGUUAGCCAAACAUGCGUUUGAGAAGUUAAACUCCUUUAUCUGCCCCAACAACCAUUAACCUGAUUCUUUUUCUCUUUAAAUACAAAUAGAAUAUUUUUUGAACUUUUAUAUUGGUUCCCACACCAGAAUGACCUCCGACCUUCAGCUCUUUCCACAUCAUAGCAGGCGCUGUGGAGUUCAGCAGCUUCACGACAUAUCGCAUGCACGAAGAACAAAUCUGACAGGUUGAGAUAGUUGAUCUUGCAAACUGUGGUGGAAAAUUUCUGUUGGUGCCUAUAAGCAGAUUAUAUGAGUUAUGGCCACUGAUGUCAUCUUGUUGCCGGAACGCAUUAGUUCUCAAAUUAGAUGCUGUGGUCAGCUUAAAAAAAGACAGAAACCAAACUUUUUUCCAUCAUCACUUCAUGUUUACUCAUUUCAGAGAUAGACAUAUAUAGAUAAUAUCCUCUUCAAGAUCACAAACAUGGUGUUAAAGUGAUUACCUCGCCUGGACGCUUUGAGUUGAUGUUAGUUUACAGAACGCAAUGUUCUACCACUAUGUGUGUAUGUGUUUAUCUUACAGCUUCAGAGAUUGUAUUUUCCAUCUCGGGCGGGUCUGCACACGGUCUGUUGGUGUGUCUCUCAGCAUUCCUUCUGUCAGUAUUUCCUCAUCUGACUGCGAACAUAAAGUGUCACCCGUUCCUCUGGAGAUCCUCUUACUUGUUUACAGAUUAUGUAAAGUAUUAUGUAUCGUUCAAUUUGUUGAAAUUGGUUUCUAACUACUGUAGAUGACUUGUUUUAUAUUGGAAAGAGAACUGGAUGGUGCGUUGCCCUUUUGAGUUGUUUCAGCCCAUUUAAUACAGUUUGAGACGGCAGUUUAAUUGACACGCUGAGCAUUUGUACUCUCAUCACCUUGAAUCAUCGUUGUCUUGAAAGCCAAUACAAUAAACUGGAACUGUUAUUGUUUAA